AGGAUAAUUUUAAAACAUGUUGCGAAAACGGAUGCCUUUAUACAAUAUGCUGUUAAGCUAUUGGGUAUUAUGUAGUUAUAACCUGCACGGGUCCGAAUCAUGAUAAAAACGUUUAUGUUGCAUUUAGCGCUUUUUAGAUAUUUAAAACUUUGCAAAGAAUUUCUAAACCCGAUAAAAUGCAGUACAACUUAUGGAUUGCCAUUUGUAUAAUUUGCACGUACCAAGAAGCGGUAUAUGCUUUGCCAGGCGGUGCGCCUACCGGCGCCUGUACCACUAUGAUGCCACGGCACAGCAAUGGGGCUAAUGGCUUUUUAGCAAGCCAGAGUUUGGCAUCGUCUCCAUACACUCUUAUGGCAAGCAAGAGAAACUACACUUCAACUGAGGCCAUAACAGUGUGGGUUGUUGACAGUAGGGCGAGCUCCGAUCGCGGGUACAGAGGUUUGUUAUUACAAGCUAGAAAAGUGAGCUCAAGUGCGCCAGUUGGAACUUGGAUGAAUGUUCCUGCUGACACAAAGUUGAUAACAUGCUCAGUAGCCAAUGAUGCGGUCACUCACAGUAAUACGAUGGUUAAAAAUGAGAGCUCUGUUUACACCUGGAAAGCAGGAGGAAACCAUGGAAAUAUUGAGUUUGUGUAAGUUCUAAUACACAUAGAACUGUGGGGUAACAUGUAUAA